AUGGAGAACUUGCCGCACGAAAUCUUCCGCAUCAUUGCUGGAUACGUCGAGGAUCAGACGCAGCUGGUCCACCUUGCAUGCACCUGUCAAGGUCUCUACAACAACGUCAUCCCGUUACUAUGGACACACAUCACCCAGAUGCCGAAACACUAUGUGGAGACGCGAUUGUUACCACGUCACGAUGACUUCACUAUUCUACACAACCUCAACGUAGACCGCUUCAAGGGUGCGCUGGAAGAGAAACAGGUUGGGAUGCUCGCGUCGUCAUCGGUUCGGACAGUCGAGUUCAGCUUCACGCCCUGGUGGGGAGAACAGCAGUUCUUGGCGGCUCUGGCAUUUCUCAACAGAUCAGUUUUUACAAAUAUCAACAAAAUCUCCAUCGUCAUGACCAUAGAUCACACCACGGCCGAUUCAGACCUCAGCGAGCAGCUACAUGACGUCGUGUCCCAACUCAGUGCCUACGCUGCAAAAUACAAGGCCGACCUGCUGGUCCAGGUGCGUUCUGUUGAUCAGAUCAAAUACUUUAUCCCCGAGUCGCUCAAACAAAUCAUCUUUCUGCGAGUCCCAGUCAGCCUCAUCUGGGGAUCGGAAGACCACCAGACUCUGGCUGAAAUCGCCCCUGCAUUGACUCGCAUUAAAUAUCUCGAACUGUUUGCUUCGCCAAUCACGCCUAUCACAGACCACGACCUCCAGACGUCUCUACAGAUCCCACCGGCGCCAGAUUACUCUUGGAUGGCCAAGCUGCCGAUCACUACACUCAAGCUGAGUGAGAAGAUUACCACAGCCCUAGUCAACGACUCAAAUGACCUUCCCAGUGGUCUCACCGAGUUCAUUUCACGUGACACUCAGCCUCUGAUAGCGUGGCAUAUGCUGAUAGGAGCCGCAUCUCGACUGACCAAGCUGAAGACUGUCGAUAUCACAAGAAGCGCCUUUAGCACCAGCAGAUUAAUGCCUAUCAGCGCCGAGCCACCCGGAAAGAUCUUUCCUUCUGUUCAGACCCUGCGUCUUGGAUUCAUUGAACCUGAUCUUGUGGAGGAGAUCAAAAACACCAUGCCCAAUCUGAAGAGCACGGCAGUCGCUCUUUCGCUGUGA